GUCGCCGUCAUGCGACAUCAAAGAUAAAGACAUUUGAAGACGUCUAUAGCUCACUUGACUCCUUGGGCUUCCGAGGAGAGGCCCUCGCUUCCCUCUGUUGCGUUGCCCGCGUGUCGCUCGUCACCCGCUGCCGCGCUGCCGACUUUGCAACCCGCGUCGUCUUUAAUCACAAGGGAGAACAAGUGGCCACCGAGGCGACUGCUCGAGAGGUGGGCACGAGUGUGAUUGUGGAGGACGUCUUUGGUCGACUCCCGCUGCGGCGACGGACUAUGGAGCAGACGAAGCAGCGACAGCUGCAGGACGCCUUGGCAUUAAUUCAGCGGAUCGCUUUGUUGCAUGCAACAACUUGUCGAAUGGUUUUUUCUAAUUUUGAUUCAAAAAUGGGAAGCCGCACCACCUUCUUGGCAACCAAGGGAACAAGCUGCAACCUGCUGGAGGCCGCGUUGAGCGUCUACGGGCCUAAGCAGUUGGCUUCUUGCACGGAGAUAACUUUAUCCGGGAGCGAGCCGGGGAGGGAAUGGCGGCUUGAGGCCGUUAUAUCGCGUCCUCCCCACGGCAUUCGAUCGACAGCACUGCAGCAAUUCUUUGUAAAGAGGAGGGCGGUAGAAUUCCCUCCUCUCUUGCAAAAAUUGUUGAAUAAGAAAUGGAAGGAAGUUAGCAGCAGGGGACUUUUUCCUGUUUGUCUUGGCUUCCUUGAGCUUGAUGCUUCCUUAGUAGAUAUAAAUCUGCGGAAAGACAAACAAGAAGUUCUCCUGGCUGUAGAGCGAGACCUCGCGCAGGCACUAUUGGAAGCGGUGAGUAAGGUGUUGGCACCGUCUGUUAGCUCGAUGGGCGUCGAGUCAUCUCAGAAGCAGCGGCAGCUCGAGCUCCAAUUCAACCCCAUUUCCUCUCAAAAAGUUGUGUCUCAGCAGCAGCAGCAGCAGCAGCAGCAGCAGCAGGAAGAGCAGCAGCAACAGGAACGGGACGACCGGCAGACCGGCAGUAACCAACAACUCCCGGCCUUAGCAGACUCCUCCCAGGGUAGCGUGACAGAAAGCCAGGAGCAGCAGCAGCAGCAGCCUGCAGCAGCAGCAGCAGCAGACCGGGAUGCCAACACGCAGGGGGAGUGUGGUGAUGCCGGCAGAGGCGCUGAGGAGCCCAUGUGCGUGGAUCCUCAGACCAGCAUACAGCAGCGUCAAGCCAGUAUGCCGUCAGCUGCUGUAUCUGCUGCUGCAGCGGCAGCAGCAGCAGCAACAGCAGCAGAGCCUCCCAGCUCUCUCCCUCGCGAAGACGGCUGGCUGCGCAACCGGCAGCCGCAGUCACCUCGGGAGCAGCGCUCCUUGACAGUAAGCGAUUCAGAUGAAGGUGUACGUACACCGCAGCUGGUGCUAACUGUGCAUACACCUCCUCCUCUUACUCAACCUCAUGGGUACAACGAACAACAGAUGGAUAACAAGCCUAAUGAUGAGGGAAGUGCAGCGCAGCAGCAGACAGUCAAUGGGAAGCGCAGCAGCAGGAAUUCAUGCAGCAAUUAUUUAUUUUCUGCAUCUAGCCCCAUCAAUCUGUCUUCUGCUGCUGCUGCUGCAACUGCUGCUAUUGUUGCUGCUGCUGCCGAGACCCAUUAUGAAGGGGUAAGGCCUGUUAAUACAGAUUCUGCAGCGGAUGCAGUUGUAGAUGAAGUGUUGGCUGCUGCAGUGGGGGAAUGUUCCUUAGAUUGGAGUCCUGUAUACACUGUGGAGGAAAAUGAAGAGGCUGUGGGGUCCUCUGCAACAGCAGCAGCAGCAGCAACAGCAGCAGCAGCAGGAGAUGCAUGCAAUAUCUCAUCGCAAGCCCCCGGUGCAGGAGCAUCCUUCCCGUCUACUCAGCCCUGGCCAGAUGCCCCUACCAACUUUUCUGUCGCCACCGGUACAGUACCAGGGGUUUCCCAAGGGGGCCCCGGUGGGGCCCCUAAUGGGGCCCCUGGUUCCUCUCCUGGUGCUGCUGCUGAAUGGGAGUCUAACGGUUCCUCCUUCUUCCUCUUUGAUAAGGAUUUCUUUAGGAAGUUGACACUUGUUGGUCAAUUCAAUGAAGGAUUCAUCAUUGCAGCUCUGCGCAGGUAUAGACGGCCUCCGUCGCUGCCGGCUCUUCCUGCUCCGGAGGAAGGAAGCAGUAUGAAUAGCAGCAGCAGCAGCAGCAACAACAGCAGCACCAGCAGCAGUAGCAGCAGCAUUGGCGGAGGAGAGAUAGUAACAAGUUUAUUUAUAAUAGAUCAGCAUGCAAGUGAUGAGAAAAGAAUAUUUGAAUAUUUAAAUGAACAAUUCAAGCCCCGCAUGCAGCCCCUAAUUGCUCCUCUGCGUCUAUCUCUACCUGCGCAUCUAUUAGCAGCAGUAGAGGUAUUUAAUCCUCAUCUUAUAGCUAAUGGAUUUGCAUGCAUUUUUGGUGGGACUGCCAGCCCCAUUAAAUCCUUAAUGGAUACACAGCAGCUCAUGUUAUGUGCAGCAAAAGGACGAGGAGAAGAAGUAUUACCUGAUAUAAGAUCAGCUAUGAUCCAACAGCAGCAGCAGCAACAGCAGCAACAGCAGCAGCAGCAACAGCAGCAGCAGCAACAGCAGCAGCAGCUGCAGCUAUUGGAUGCAACAGACGCUGAUGAGGUUUCGUCUUCAAUUCAAGAAGAAGAAGAGGAAAAAACUAACGAAACAGCAGCAGCAGCAGGAGCAUCCUCCUCCUCCUCCUCCUCCUCCUCCUCUCUUACUCCUACUCCUACUCCUACUCCUACUCCUACUACUACUACUACUACUACUACUACUACUAAUAAUAAUAAUAAUAAUAAUAAUAAAGAAAAAGAAGAAGAAGAAAAAGAAAAAGAAGAAGAAAAAGAAGAAGAAGAAGAAGGACGUAUAUGUUACCUAACUGGGCUACCUAUAGUAGAAGGCCGCCAACUUACAUCUGCAGAUUUUAUUGAAUUUAUUUCUGCCUUAGCAACUGAGGAUCAAGGUAAGGCUAUAUGGAAGGGUACAAUGCCUCCACCUCGUGCUGCUGCUGCUGCUGCUGCUGCUGCUGCUGCAGCUGCAGCAGGAGCAGCAGGAACAUUACAACCACCGCCAGGAACAGGAAUAACAACAACAACAGCAGCAACAGCAGCAGCAACAACAACAACAGCAACAACAGCAACAGCAGCAGCAACAGGACACCAUCGUGUGCUGCAGUAUAGACCAUCAAGAGUAUGGGAUAUAUUAGCUAGUAAGGCAUGCAGAUCUGCUGUUAUGAUUGGUGAUUCUUUAUGUAUAAAUAAACAGCAGCAAAUACUAAGAAGAAUGGCGCUGCUGCAGUUACCCUUCAAUUGUCCUCAUGGUCGUCCUACUAUGCGCCAUCUAGUAGAUAUACCAGCAGCAGAUCAGCAGCAGCAGCAGCAGCAGCAGCAACAACAGACAGGGCAACUGCUUCUCCUGCUGCAGCAGCAACAGCAGCAGCAAGAACAACAACUGCAGCAAAGGGGAAAGGAUAGGGAUGUUGAUUAUGUAACAAAGUCUUGUACAUACUAUACAACGGAUACAGACACUGCAGCAAGCAGCAGCAGCAGCAACAGCAGCAACAGCAGCAGCAGCCAAGACAGUUGUGCAGCAGGUAACGAUAAACAAGGAUCUUCUGGCAGCAGAAGCAACAGCAGCAGCAACAGCAACAGCAGCAGCAGCAAGGAGGGAAAGAAGAUGAAUAAAAAUAAGAAAGAUAAAAGAAAAAGAGAAGCACAAGAUAUACAUGAUGCAUGCAAGGUGCGUGUUCGUACAACAACACCUCCUAACUCUUCUGCUGCUGCUGCUGCUGCUGCUGCUUCUGCUGCGCCUGCAACACCUGUACCUGCUAGCAGCAACGCGAGCACAAGGGGGUCAGAGACAGCCCCUCCUGCCUCCCUUGAUGAUGACCUUCCUCCCCUCUUCUCUGAGGGCGAAGGCAUGGAUGACGAGGAAGCAGCAGCAGCAGCAGCAGCAGCAGCAGAUGCUGCUGCUGCUGCAGCAGCAGCAGCAGAUGUAGGCAGCAACAAAUAUAAUACAACAGAUACACAGCAACUAGAGGGGUUAGGCAGCAUUACGCAGCAAACAGAUUCAGGCUUCCGCCUGACAUUCAUUGGAUAG